AAUAUUGGCUUGCGGUUGGAAUAAAACGGCUGGCUCCUUUGUCAUCCUUUAUAAAACAGCAGUAUUUUUUUCAGCCGGAUCUCUCUCUUACUCAUUAUUUCAUACAGAAGAAAACACCAUUUCUUGCAAUGGACUCUAUCGACCACGCUGUUGCGACUUACAUUCGUCGGCAAGGACUGCCCUUACCACGCGUCACACUUGGCGCAGUGAAUCGCCAUGGGACAUUUCACUACGAGAAGUGCUUCAAUGGCGACACGGUGGAAUCUUCCAGAACCGAUGAUAUCCACUGGAUUGCAUCCGCAACCAAGUUCAUCACGAGCAUCGCUGUCAUGCAGUGUGUCGAAAAGGGUCUUCUGGACCUAGACGCAGAUAUAUCCAGCAUCUUGCCAGAGUGGAAAGAUCCCAAGAUAUUGGUUGGGUUCGACGAGAACAAUGAGCCCCUGUUUCAACCUGCAAAGCGUCCCCUUACUCUUCGGCUCCUUAUGACGCAUUCAAGUGGACUUGCGUAUACGUUCAUGCAUCCAUUGUCUAUCCGUUACCAGGAAUUGCAAGGCGAGCGACCUCUGCUACUUCAGACUAUCAGAGAAUCUUUCGAUACAUUCCUUGUGUUUGAGCCCGGGGAACAGUGGCUGUAUGGUCCUGGGCUGGAGUGGGCUGGACUGAUGGUCGAGCAUGUGUCCGGACUCAAGUUAGGGGAAUACAUGAGGCAGAAUAUGUUUGAGCCUGUUGGGGCCAGCGAUGUUACCUUCCAUCUCAACCAGCGACCAGAUCUCCAAGCGCGGAAAGUCAAGAUGUGGGAGCGACAUGACGACGGGCUUAACAAGGUCACAGAUUUCUGGUGGCCUGAGCCUGUCAGCGAUGACAUUGGCGGCGGUGGCAUCUACACAAAUGUCCCUGAGCUGCUGAAGAUCUACGCCGGUGUCAUGCGUGGAGAUCUACUACGGCCCGACACACUGGAAAUGAUGUUCAAGCCGCACCUAGAGAACCGGAAGAAUCUGGAUAAUCCAGAGGACCACGUUUUGGCGAACCGUAAUGCGAUUUUCAAUGCUGUUCCUAACGACGUCCCCGUCGACUAUGGGAUCAGUGGCUUGAUCAACACUGCCGAAGUGCCUGGCCGCCGCCGUCAGUAUUCGCUGUCGUGGUCUGGAUUGCCUAAUUGCUACUGGUGGGUAGAUAUGGAAAAGGGCGUCGCUGGAGUGCUUCUGUGCCAACUCCUCCCAACGGGCGACCAGAGGGCUGUCGAGCUUCUGGCUGAAUUCGAGCGGGCUGUGUACGCAGCUGUUGGAAGCCAAUGAUUCAACACUGCCUUAAGGCUUGACUGGUAACCGGUAACUUAUAGUUAG